UCGCAUGUCGGUAGUUGGUACCUACGAUCUACUCUCGCAGUAUUUACUCUAAAGUUUAUAUUUUAAUUCUUGGUGAAUUUAGACGUCAGAUUUUGCCGCUCUUGUUUAAUCCACAUUUUUCAGUUGCCUAUUUUCAAUCAGCAGGACGCAAGUAAUUAGUGACACAAAAAUGUCUAGCGACAACGGGUUUAACAACGACGAUUCCCCAAACAAAACACACGCACAUCUCCAAUUGCCCAGCCCGAUCAUCACACGAAGGAAUCGUACUGCUUCUACAUCUGAAAGAGCACUACAAAACCCACUCGAACACGGCAAGAUAAAGUCAUUCUGUCGUGAAAAGGGUCACGGAUUUGUAACUCCUAAGAAUGGCGGUGAAGAUAUUUUCUUACACAUUUCUGAUAUUGAAGGAGAAUACGUGCCCUUACCGGGUGAUGAAGUUACUUACAGGCACUGUCCAAUACCACCAAAGUUUGAGAAGUACCAAGCAGUCCACGUCAAAAUUGUCCAACUAGUUCAGGAAAAACAUGUUAAGUGGCAUGAACCUCCGCUGUAAACUUAAUCGACCAACAAGUUUAAUCAAGCCAACUUCUUAUAUUUUCUAUAUUCUUCAUCUUUUGCUGUCCCUCCUCUUCAUAUUUUUAACUAAGAGGCCUAAAUAUUAUAUGUUUUAAUUAGGGCAUAAGAACAAUUAUAUACUUUUAGCAUUAGUAAAUGGCAUAACAACUCUGAGCAUACAAACACUGAACAAAAACUUACAGUUUUCUGUGUGACUGUGUUAAUCUGUAUUUGAUCCUGGUAUAUAAACAGCAUGUUUUAGCAACUAUGUGAUAGACCCUGAAGCCAGAAUCUUUUUUUUUUGUAGUUAUAGGCUUAGUUUUCAGUAGUCCCCAGUAAAGCAAUACAAAUUACUAUCAAGGAACGGCUGUGACAUUUUGCUUUCUGAGAUUACACUGUUUCCAAGGACGUGCUAUGCUUGUUACAGGGCAGUGACAUGAUAUGCAGUGGUGUUCUAUUGUCUCUUGGCAAAGUCUGCAUAAUAUAUUGUAAAACAUUAUUGAACAUUCACUUACAUCUUGCUACAUGUUGCUAUGUUUAAAAAUAUGAAAGUAUUUGUUACACAUGGCGAUCCUUUAGGUUGUCACCGAAUCAACAAUAGGUUUUAUAGAGUUAGCUGCUUUGUACCUAGAGAAUCAGAAGUCGACCUUAUUAUGUUGUAUAAGGUUCAUAUCAAAGUUAUUAGACAACUGAUUAUAUAAUUUAUUUAUGUUACCCAAUUAAGUUAAGUUUGUACCACACUGCAAGGUAUAUAUGGAGAUUGACCAUUCUCAACUUACUGGUUUAUACAGUAAUUCCUACAAACAGUUUUUAAGUGGCUUAAAAUAGUACGCGUUUACUUAAAUGAAAAUAUAUUUUGGACCUUCUUAAUCAUGAUAAAAUAACGUUUAAUUUGAUCAAAUUAUUUACAUUAAAUUCCCUUUAUUACCUUUUGAAUAUAGGCUCUAUCCAGUAAACAAUGCUGGUUGUAUUUCGGUUUGCCUUGGCGUGCGACAAAAGCCAUUCACGCCAAUUUCCGUAAUUAAUAUUUUCGCUUUGUGGUGUAUUACGAAUAAUUAAGAAAAUUCCAGUAUGAAAUGUACAUUAAGAAACCACAGCGCGAUUAAUUCGCCGAUCGCUGAUGCUAAAAGUAAAAUGGUUCUACACCCCUUAACAUACUUUGCACAAAUACCUCUAUCGGUUGCAAUGUUGUGUAUGAAUAAAUAUUGUAUUAUAUGAUAGUAAACAGUAUUUUAAAAAGUGAGAAUGUUGAAGUGGUGCUAAAUUUUUGAAGGAUUUUACCAUCUUGUAAGAAUUUUGAUAACAAUAACUUUUUUAGUUACUGGUAAAUGGCUUCUUGCACAAAGUAUAUACAUAUAAAUAUAGAUGUAUGAAAUGCCACAAGUGUAUUAUAAAAAAAAUUCUUUGGAAGGCCUAGUUUCUAUAUGUAAGUUAUUAUUAUGUACUUAUUUCUUAGACGUUAAUAUAAGUUGAUGCAUUUAAGAUUAUUCCGAAAACUUGUUUUAAAAGCUAGUAUUUGUGCUUUGCAUAACUAUCUGGUGAUAACAAAAAAAUAUUAUUUUAAUCACUUUAUUCCUUUUUUUAGUACAUAAUGAAAAAUAA